UCUCCACCCUCACCCUUUCACCCCUUGCACCUCACCCUCUCAACCGCAAUGGGCAACUCGGCACUUGACAUCAACCCUCCUAACGCUACCUACCACUUGACGACUGGUGGGUCUGACUGGUUGUGGGCUGCGUUCUCGAUCUUCGGCGCCGCUUUGCUCGGUGUUGUUGGUUGGACGUUUACUCGCCCUCGCGGAACGCGUCUCUUCCACCAGGUUGCCAUUGUGGUGUUAACGACCGGGUCUCUAGCCUACUUCUCGAUGGCCUCCGACCUCGGUGCGACACCCGUCACCGUGGAGUUCAGAGGCACUGGCACACGCCAGAUCUGGUAUGUCCGGUACAUCAACUGGUUCAUCAGCUUCCCCCUCCUCUUGCUGGAGCUCCUCCUUGCCACCGGUCUGUCGCUCUCCGACAUUUUCACGACUUUGUUUAUGGGCAUUGUGCUCGUGGUCACCGGCCUCGUGGCAUCGCUAGUACCUUCCACCUACAAGUGGGGUUACUACGUUUUCGGUGUCUUUGCCCUUAUCUAUAUCUGGUACAUCCUGCUUUGGCACGGUCCUCACACAACCUUCGCCGCAGGGGGUGUUGUCCGGAGCGGAUACCGCCUCGCGUCGAGUUACCUGUCUUGUCUCCUCCUGCUCUACCCUAUCGCUUGGGCGUGCUCCGAGGGUGGUAACGUCAUCUCCGUCACCUCCGAGAUGAUCUGGUACGGCAUCCUUGAUGUCCUCGCCGGCCCCGUCUUCCUACUCUUCUUCCUUUGGGAGCUGCGUGGUGUCGACUACAAUGCCUUCGGUCUGCAGUCCGGCAAGUACACGGACAAGUCGGCCUUUGUCGGCAACACCGCUACCACUGGCCCCGCCACCACUGGUCCCGUCACGACAACGGGUGCUGCCGGGAAUGUCUAAAAUCUCAACGACCAGUACAACGCCUUCCGGAACGAACGAGUCACGAAAAUCGACGCCUAAUCGACGCCCGCCUCACGCUCAGUUUGCACUUACCCUAGCUAUUCGAUCAUAUAAUGUUAUUCAUUUGUAUUGUAUGAUUACCCCCUUCAACGUUCUUUGACAUUCUGUUUUGAUAGCGUUGUAGGAAAGAUUUCGUCGUGUUGUAUAAUUAGCUUCUUGCGGUGUAUCAAUGCGUCCCGACCUCUCUGUAAGCGAUGAAGUGUUGUAUACUAUUGUCUCAUCCAUCAUCAUCCCGCAGCUGUCAGCGCAGCGGAACUAGUACUUCUCGAUCUCCAAAACGCGAUUGACGCAGAGCUCGUCCACAAUGAAUGAAUGCUCGUU